AUGGCUUCAAGACCCGAAUUGAAGGUCGACGACGAGGGCGGCUUCAUCCGCUUCUUCAAGUCUCUGCCAGAUCUCGGUGAAGAUGCCGUGCGGAUAUUCGACCGAGGCGACUGGUACACCGCCCAUGGCAACGAUGCCCUGUUCAUUGCUAAAACUGUCUACAAGACGACGUCCGUUGUCCGACAACUCGGCAAAAACGACCACACCGGUCUCCCCUCCGUCACAUUAACCACGACCGUCUUCCGGCAGUUCCUCCGCGAGGCGCUCUUCAAGCUGGGCAAGAGAAUCGAGAUCUGGCAGAACUCCAGCGGUCGGAUGAACUGGAAGUGCAUCAAGCAGGCGUCCCCCGGAAACCUUCAAGAUGUCGAAGACGAGCUAGGUGGCCAGAUUGAUUCGGCGCCCAUGAUUAUGGCAGUCAAGAUAUCCGCAAAGGCUUCCGAGGCGCGUGGCGUCGGUGUCUGCUUCGCUGACGCCAGUGUGCGAGAGCUCGGUGUCAGCGAGUUCCUCGACAAUGACCUCUACUCCAACUUUGAGGCUCUUCUUAUUCAGCUUGGUGUCCGAGAGUGCCUCAUCCAAUACGAGAAGGGCGACAGAGAGAAGGAGAAAGACCCUGAAUUGGCAAAGAUACGGCAAAUCAUCAAUAACUGCGGUGUCGCUCUAGCGGAGCGGCCAGCUGGUGACUUUGCCAUCAAAGACAUCGAACAGGAUCUGGCCCGCCUCUUGAAAGACGAAAAAUCAGUUGCCAUGCUACCACAGACAGACCUUAAGUUGGCCAUGGGUUCUGCGGCAUGUCUGAUCAAGUACAUUGGCGCCCUACAAGAUGUCUCCAACUUUGGCCAGUAUCAGCUCUACCAGCACGACUUGGCACAGUAUAUGAAGCUUGAUGCAGCUGCCCUCAAGGCGCUCAAUCUCAUGCCCGGUCCACGAGACGGAUCGAAGACGAUGAGCAUCUACGGUGUGCUCAACCACUGCAAGACCCCCGUAGGCAGCCGCCUUUUGGCGCAGUGGCUGAAGCAGCCGUUGAUGAGCAAGGAUGAAAUUGAAAGGCGACAGCAGCUCGUAGAGGCGUUCUAUACCGAUACAGAGCUUCGCCAAACCAUGCAGGAAGAGCACCUGCGCUCCGUCCCCGAUCUGUACCGCCUAUCGAAGAAAUUCCAGCGCGGCAAGGCCAAUCUAGAGGACGUUGUCCGCGCUUAUCAAGUUGUCAUCCGUCUCCCAGGCUUCAUCGGCACCCUGGAGGGAAUCAUGGACGAGGCUUACAAGGAUCCUCUUGACGACGCAUACACCAACAAGCUCCGAGAGUUGUCCGAUAGUCUCGGCAAGCUUCAGGACAUGGUUGAGCAAACUGUCGACCUCGAUGCCCUGGAUCGACACGAGUACAUCAUCAAGCCAGAGUAUGACCAGAGCCUGCGUAUUAUCCGCAAGAAGCUCGACCAGCUCGACCGUGAUAUCAGACAGGAAUUCCACAGCGCCGCUCGUGACCUGGACCAAGAGGCCGACAAGAAGAUUUUCCUCGAGGCAAACCACAAGGUCCACGGCGUGUGCAUGCGCCUGACGAGACAAGAGGCUGGCUGCAUCCGCGGCAAGUCAAAGUAUCAGGAGUGCUCCACCCAGAAGAAUGGCGUCUACUUUACAACAAAGCAGCUGCAGGCCUAUCGUCGUGAGCACGACCAGCUGUCGGCAAACUACAACCGCACUCAGAGCAGCUUGGUGAACGAGGUCGUCCAGGUAGCAUCCUCGUAUUGCCCCGUCUUGGAGCGUCUUGCUGGCGUGCUGGCUCAUCUAGAUGUCAUCGUCUCGCUCUCUCACGCCGCCGUGCACGCUCCUGAGGCUUACGUCCGACCCAAGAUGCAUACCAGGGGCGAGGGUCAGACAAAGCUCAUCGGUGCUCGUCACCCUUGCAUGGAACUCCAGGACGACGUCCAAUUCAUCACCAACGACGUGGAUCUUACCCGUGACAAGUCGUCGUUCCUCAUCAUCACCGGACCCAACAUGGGUGGUAAAUCGACUUACAUCCGCCAAGCCGGUGUCAUUGCCCUCAUGGCUCAAGUUGGCUCUUUUGUCCCCUGUUCAGAGGCCGAGCUCACCAUUUUCGACUCCAUCCUUGCCCGUGUGGGUGCCUCUGACUCUCAACUCAAGGGUGUCUCAACUUUCAUGGCCGAAAUGCUUGAGACGGCCAAUAUCCUCAAGUCGGCCACAGCUGAGUCCCUCAUCAUCAUUGACGAGCUCGGUCGCGGUACUUCGACAUACGAUGGCUUCGGCCUCGCCUGGGCCAUCUCCGAGCAUAUUGUCAAGGAGAUUGGUUGCUUUGCCAUGUUUGCAACUCACUUCCACGAACUGACGGCGCUGGCCGACCAGUAUCCCCAGGUCAAGAACAUGCACGUCACAGCGCACAUUAGCGGCACCAAUGGCGAUAUCAACGCCAAACGCGAGGUUACGUUGCUGUACAAGGUUGAGCCUGGCAUCUGCGAUCAGAGUUUCGGUAUCCACGUCGCCGAACUUGUGCGCUUCCCUGACAAGGUCGUCCGCAUGGCCAAGCGCAAGGCGGACGAGCUCGAGGACUUUACUACCAAACACGAGGAUCUCGGCAUGAGCUACAGUACUGAGGAUGUGGAACAGGGCAGCGCAAUGCUCAAGAAGGUGCUGGUUGAAUGGAAAGAGGCUGUGCAGAACGGAGAGCUCAGCAAGGAGGAGCAGGUGGCCAAGCUAAAGGAAUUGGUGGCAGCAGACGAGAAGUUGCUUGCCAACCCCUUCUUUCAAUCCGUCAAGGCGCUAUGA